GCCGCGGCCGCUCGGGGACCACAGGCAGCGGCGGCAGCUCGCGCCCGCGCACUCCUCGCACCCGAGGCGUUCCCCGGAGACCGACCCCCGCCCCGCGACCCAGGCCGGGGCCCGAACCCAGCGGGUGCCGCGGCUCCACACGGGGCCUCCAUCGCCGCCAACGAGCCAUGUUCCAGGCUGCAGGAGCCACCCAGGCCACCCCCUCCCACGAAGCCAAAGGUGGCAGUGGCAGCAGCGCGGUUCAGCGCUCCAAGUCCUUCAGCCUUCGCGCCCAGGUGAAGGAGACCUGCUCUGCCUGCCAGAAGACCGUGUACCCCAUGGAGCGGCUGGUGGCCGACAAGCUCAUUUUCCACAACUCUUGCUUCUGCUGCAAGCACUGCCACACCAAGCUCAGCCUGGGCAGCUACGCGGCGCUGCACGGGGAAUUUUACUGCAAACCCCACUUUCAGCAGCUGUUUAAGAGCAAAGGCAACUACGACGAAGGCUUCGGCCGGAAGCAGCACAAGGAGCUCUGGGCCCACAAGGAGGUGGACCCCGGCACCAAGACAGCCUGAGGCCCCUCUCACCGUCCACUCCCUCCUCCCUCCGUCGAGGGCCUGGAGCAGGCAGCGGGCAGGGUGGGAGAGAGGUUGGACUGGGCCCUGGU